AGUGUGCUGCUGUGCUCAGAGCGAGAGCUGCCUGAGGUGGAAAGUUUAAAAGAGAGUGUCUGCGUCCUGCCGUCCCUCAGCAGAAGCAUCAAUCAAGAUGAUCCCCAUCGUGCUGGCCUCGGUACUCAUUGCUGGCGCCCUUGGGUGUGGCACACCUCCCAUUGAGCCCCUCACUUCCCGUGUGGUCAACGGAGUGGAUGCCAAGCCCCACAGUUGGCCCUGGCAGAUCUCUCUGCAGUAUGAAAAGGACGGCGAGUGGAGGCACACUUGUGGAGGAUCUCUAAUUGCUGCCAACUGGGUCAUGACUGCUGCACAUUGCAUCAACACCCAGUUCUCCUACAGGGUGUUUGUGGGCAAAUACAACCUGAUCGAGGAGGAGGAUGGCUCCAAGGCCAUCCUGCCUGAGAAGAUCAUCGUCCAUGAGAAGUGGAACCCCAUCUUCGUAGCCUUCGGUAACGACAUUGCUCUGAUUAAGUUGUCUGAGCUUGUGACUUUGAGUGAUCAGGUGCAGUUGGGAUGUAUCCCGGCUCCAGGCACUUUGCUUGCCAACCUCUACCCCUGUUACAUCACUGGCUGGGGCAGAGUGUACACCGGAGGCCCCAUAGCUGAUAAGCUGCAGCAGGCUUUGAUGCCUGUGGCUGACCAUGCCACCUGCUCCCAGUCUGACUGGUGGGGCAUUGCUGUUAGGACCAGCAUGGUGUGUGCCGGUGGGGAUGGAAUUGUGGCUGGAUGCAACGGUGACUCCGGUGGCCCUCUGAAUUGUAAGAAUGCCGAAGGUGUUUGGGAGGUCCACGGCAUUGCCAGCUUUGUGUCUGGCCUUGGCUGCAACUACGAGAAGAAACCCACUGUUUUUACCAGAGUCUCUGCUUUUAACAACUGGAUUGACCAGGUCAUGAUGAACAACUAAAGAAGAGGACAUUUCAAUAAAAGUGCCCAAAAAAAAGCGUGUUUGCCUCAGGUGUAUUUUUUGGUAUACGGUUCAUUUAAAAAUUGCAAAUUCAUAUCAGAGAAAGCUCUGAGCAAAUUACAAAAAAUUUGUUUUGAGUUACUGUAUGCAUCUAUAUUAAAUUAAAUGAGCAGGCCUCACAUCCUGGCUUGUUAUAAACUGAAACAGUAGCAAGAACUGCCCAGCAGGUGUCCUCACAAACACAUGAUAGAGAACUGCUUCUGACAGCUUUCUCCUUCUGGAUUUUGUGCAUAAUAACCAAUGUUUCUGCAUGGAAAAACAGCACCAGCAAACAAAUGUGGCUUGCAUAAUUUGUUUUAGUGUAUUAAAGAGCAGACAAAAAUAAAACUUGAGAUUUAAAUUAAACUGUCAGACAAGAUGCCAAAUAUUGCUGAGUAAACUAGGACUGAAAGCUGUGGGCAUCAAAAAGAAAUAAGAGAUAUGCAUCUAAUAAUCAUGCAUGAAACUGACCUGCUUUGCCUCUGCAUCCUCUCCCAUUCCUACAGCAAGGGUGCCAGGUUUAUGAAAACCAUAAUAUGCCACCACAGAGGAGAAUAUUUCCUCAUGAUGUCUGUGAUGUAAAAAUGCAGAAGCUUGAUAUGACAAGGUUGUGAUUAACAUUUCUAUCAUUUCUUUAUCUCUCCCCAUAUCAUUGCUGUAAUGAGAUAAGGAAGAAAGAGUAAGUGGGGUGAAGAAUGAAAAGAAAUAAAAUUGCCUCUCUCUGCUGA